AUGGUCAACCCAAGCCUUCCCGGCAUUCCCUACAACUCAACGACGGUUUUCUUCGAUGACACAGCUUACCAUGUGCCGGACGUCACAGACCCUGGUUCUGACGAGUACGACGCUGGGUUGAUUCCCCACGAGGUCGUCCUAGCGGCAUGGCUAACCGCGAAGGCCAAUGAGAAAGGCGAAGGCAAGAUCCGAGCAAUCCCAUACAAGAUUGACAAUAAGGUGGUCGCGAACGGUGUGGCGCUUCUCACCUACGAACCAUACGUGUGA